GUCUGGAUGUGGAGCAAGCAACUACCUGAUGACAGUGUACUCCACAGGGCAGUAACCCAACAGAUUGAUUAUUCAAGAAAGGAAUGAAAAAAAGUGUCCAAAGACUAAGAGACCUGAACAUUUCAGUAUUUGAUUUCAGUUGAAUAUGAUGUAAUAUGAUGCACCGAGUUGAGGAAGAGCUUCUUUACAUAUGCAGCAAUCCUCUUCCACACAGGGACAUAGGGACCCAAUCAUUGUCAAGGAAGGCUUGUCAUGCAGUACUUAAAUAGAGACAUCUUAUUAUGCAAGUUGGACAUUCAACUUUUCUAGUGAAAAAUCAACUUUACAAAAAUACAAGCCUGUAUCCAGUUUAUUCUCAUGAAUUAUAACACAUGAUUAAUUGAAAACUCGCAACAACUCACAUCGCUCUUUUUGAUAUUGCUCUUUUCUGUGCAAAUUGUUAUAAAGAAACAAUAUAAGGACGUGGAAAUCAGUGCUUGAAAAGGUCGAACCAAUGUUCAUGGAAACUGUAGAGGCUUAUAUAUAGAAGCAUCACGUCGGCAAUGAUACAUGAUCAAACUCAUUUGACAGAAUAUGAAUGAAAGCCUAGUCGGUAACACACUUCUUGACAGACUGGUAUAUAGUAUAUAGGCGGCUAGGCCUACUUGAAAUAUUGUGUACUUAACACGCCUGAAGCGCUGGACAUCACGGCCAAUGGGAAGGUCCCUAUUCAUCGACAGUUCUCAGUGUAGUGAACCUUUAUCUCCAGAUGUCUCCUUUGAGCAUGUUGUUGCUGCCAUUUCUACGAAACUGACAUGCUUCAUCUACAAGAAUCCUUCGAUGAACAGUUAAGACUUUCUUCAGUGUUAAUCAGUGAUUUGAUGAUUGUGUGAUAUUAUUUUGCAAAGUUACAUUGGAAGAAUUGUUAUUUCAUUAGUCUUUGAAAACAACAUUUAUCUAUAUAGCAUAAAAGUUAAGAAAGCUUAGAGAAUGUAUAAUUAUUCAUCCAUGAGAUAGGUGUCAUAAACUGUUAUUCUGUUUCAUUGUUUGAUGGUUUUGAAUUGUCAUGCAAUCGUCAUUUGCUUAUUUUUAACUGUUUUGUUUUGAGUCUUGCCAAACUGUUUAGAUUUCUGAGUACAACCAAACUAUUUAGAAUUUUGAGUACUGCCAAACUGUUAGUUUUUGAGUAUUGCCAAACUGUUUAGAUCUUUUAGUCUGGCUAAUUGUAGAUUAAUAUAGUACUAAGGCCAAAAAAAAAAAUAGGUCUGUUUCCGGUCGCCCGACCGACCCUCUUAUUUCCGCGCCGACACUAUACUUUUUAUUGGUGUAAAAGUUAACUGCGCGCAUAUUUAGUACUUUUCGGUACUUUCUUUCCGUUAAUUUUCUUAUCUUUGGUCUCAUUUCGAAUUCGGUAAUUUGAUAAGCAGUCUAUUAAAAUGGCGGCACCCAUGUCGAGUUCGUCAGUGUUGGGACUGAAAUUGAAACGUUGCUCCCACAAUAAAACCGAUAAAAAUAUUUUAGUAAGCCUGCCAAACAAUAAAAAUAUUGAAGAUGUUUGGCAUAUCUACCAUGAUACGAACGUUGGUAAAUCGAGCGUGACGAUAAAAUGCUCUACGGAAAUGUCUGGUGCAACAAACUUUGAUGUUGAAGGUAUAGUGUUUGUAUUUUGGCAAACCAUAUAUUUUUCGUUCAAAUUUCAAAAUAAUGGCCAUGUUUUUAAGAUAUCACCUGCAAUGAAUUACUGUGUCUUAUCAACUAAACUUGUAUUUGUCUUUUUGUCACUGUCAUAUUCUGCUAUUAAUGUUAAUUCUGCAAAGCUUGUGAAAAUAAGUUUGUUCUGGUACUUCGUUGGAAUGAGCUUCGGUAGGAAAUUAUUCGGCCUGAAAACACUUGUAGAAGGACUUUUAUUUAAUAUAAAAUUUAAAAUAAUUCCCAAAUUGUAUUAAAUUUCCUUGGUACAAUUUUUAAAGGAGUUCCACUUUAAAGGAAUUAAAAAUAAACAAGUUUUUAAUGUUGCUUUUAUAAAGGUAGUAUGACAGUUGGGACCCUAGUACAGAAUUUUGGAAUAAAAGUGGUUGAGUUUACCUGCAUCGACCUGGAAGCUUCCGUGGCUAGUACAAGUCUCGAAACAUGUGCAAAGGAGGCUACAGAGAAAGCAGUAGAUGCAUUCCAGUUAUUAAUGGCAGGAGGAAGAAGAUUCACCUCAAAGAAGGAGUCAAGCCAUGGUUUGAAGACUGGAUUAUCAAGAAAAGACGAACUGUACAACAACUUGAUAGAUGAUUUUAAAACCAAGGGUCUGGAUUUUCCAAAAGGAACAGAAGCUGUGGAGGGAUCCUACAUUGUUCAGUGCAAGUCAGUACAUUUGGUGUUGUGCAAUGCGUUAUGGUACAUCACAAAUCACCAUACCACAAUAAAUGAUGCUGCUGCAAGAUAUAAAGAUGUAUUGCCUGUUCCGCCUGCUUUUGAAAAUUAUGAUGGGUACAAUGAUGUCAAGCGGAAGAAAAUAAAAAUGACUCAGAUGUCUGCUAGGGAGCUUGAAAGUCAUUCCCAGGCUCUAUAUUCAUUGCUCAUGAAACCAGUUGUUAGUAGUACUGCGAAAUGGCUGGACGGUAAAAAGGAAAUUGAACAACUGGCUGAGUGUUUGGGUUCAUAUAAUAAGUAUCUUGAGAAAAAAAACUCUGAUAGCCUAAACAUACAGAAUAGAACUGAGCCAGCUAGAACAAUAGAUAAACAUGCUACUUUGGAAACUAGGAUGGGAAGUCCGUUUGGUGUGAAUGACAAAUAUGAGCUUCUAAAUAAAGCUGUAAUAUCAGAGGGAGUUAACAGCUAUGUUGUUUUUGAUGAAACAGUUCAUCUUGAGAGGCCUUUUAAAACACCAGAUGAAAAGUACAAGUACUUCAAAAAAUUGCAACUUUCAGUACCUGUAGACCUGAUUAAGUUCUGUCCAGGUGGAUCUCUUGAAGCAACUGUUUGUAUCAGACAGGUAACGCCAAACAGAAGUGAGCCUCAGAUUUUGACAGAUGGGGCACGCUUUCUUCAGAAUGUAAGACCAGUGUUAGGAGAGAUCCAUACUAGACUUCAGCGAAUGUCUUUUAAGUCGAAGAUUGCUAAUAUUGCCACAAUUUCACCAGCAAUAUCAGACUUCAUAUAUACACAUUUAACAUUAGAUAAGUCUGCUGCUGAAAACCCUGUUACUCGAGAGAGACUUAGACUUAUUUUCUCAGGACAGACUGGUUUGGUAAAAGAUCUAAUAGAACUAAAUCCAGGAAGACCAAACAAUAAGUUUGACUCAUUCUUCAAUGUACUAUCUGGUAUAGUGGAAGAGGUGACAUCAGCUGAUGAUCGUCGACAUGGGGAAGCACAUAUGUCACAGUUCAUAUCUCUUGACGAAAUGAUCCAGCAAGCCAAGUCUCAGUGCCCAGAAGGAACUGCAGUCCCUUCUAAGAGUUUGGUUCGUCUGCAGUUCGCGCCAAAAAAUCCGUUCACCAAAAUUGCAACAACCUUUACGUCAAAACUAAAUGUUCAAUAUAAAAUUCAGAAGCGUCAGCUGAGGGUGGCACACCCUGAUGAACAUUUCUGUAAUGCACAGUUUAGAUACAUGAAAGAAUGUGCCAUUGAGAACAAAGAAAAAGUGAAACUUCUGUUUUGUGACGAUAAAGCCAAAGUACCGUUUGGCAAUCCUGGAGCAUUGCUAUCUACAGGGGUCAGAGGAAAAAAGACUAUUGUGCCAGUCACAUCAACUCUUAGCGCGCUUGAUCAUGACAUGCAAAGUUCAGGAUCUUUGACACCUUCUGUUUACCUGGACUGUCAGAUACCAGAUUCACCAGUGUCCUCCUUUGUUCGUGGCCAGGUUGGAAGAUGGAUGUCAAAGUCUCAGACAAAAGCUUCUUGAGUUAAGAAAAGAUCACUUCAACAAAAACAAGCACGAGAAGAAGUCAAUCAAUAAUUUUUUGACAAUAUCUGCUUCUACUGAGAGGGAAAUGAUGUUCUUGACACUGAUGAAGUGCGAGAUUUAAAGGAACGGCAUUGUUUGUCCGAUAUGUGCAACAUGCAGGGAAACAAAACCUAUCAAGACAAGAAGAGCAAAGAAAACAGAAAAGAGCACAAAAAAUGACAGUUCAUAUCAUAAAAAUGAGAUGUUUUGAAGUCUUAAUAGAGCCAAUGAAUACUGAUGUGUUUAAAGGUAUAACAAUUAAUUACAGUCAUGUAAGUGACAUUGCUAAAUUGUUGUAUAGAAUAUCUCAAUGUUUGUCUAGUUCUAAAAGUGACAUCAGUUGUUAUGUUUUGAUGAUUCUGGGAGCAAUAAUCAGCUGUUAAGCAGCUUUAAGGUAUCAUUUUUUCUAGUCCAUAUAUAAGUUAAUAUAUUGUUGCGAUCACAUGAUCAUAACAUGACCCUCGAAGGUGAGCUUCUGAUUGGCCAUUGGAAAAACUUUGUAUGGACACCCAGAGGACCAGCAGAGAAAGGCAUUCCAGAACCAGAGCCCGAAUUUCCAAGAUCUAGAAAGAAACCAAUCCAGAUCCAGCCAUCAUAAUAGAGUCUACCAGUUACGUCUGCUAAUCAAGGGCAGUCCCCCUCACGUGGAUGUUAAGUUGGGGCUUGUGCCUUAGAAGAGGCACCUGGGAGAUUGUCAUCUUCAGCGAUUAACUCUGAUCUCUCAAUGGUCCCUAUAAAAGAGGAGUCCUUAUUCCUUAUUCAGUCAAGCACCGCAGGAUGGCCUUUUGCUUCAAAUGAUUGUAGGCUCUUGUGGGCCCUCGGGUAUCUUUGAGAGUAUUGAGGAUCCUUUGAUUGCUGGGUAUUCAGGAUCAUAUAAAUGAUAGACACCCGGAGGACCCGCAGAGAAAGGCAUUCCAGAACCAGAACCUGAUCUAUGAAGGUUUAGAGAGAAACGAAUUUGAACCCAGCCGUCAUGGAUGGUUAGUUUGGAUCUCAGGGUCUUCCUGUAGUUAGGGUAAAAUUCAAUCAUAUUUACAGCAGAUCUGAUGCAGCAAGGUUGUCAAAUAUGUCAUAAAGCACUUUUUGUUGAUGACCAUGUGUUAUUAAAGACAAAUAUAUGUAUGGAACAAAACAGAGUACAGUGAUAGUUUUAUGUUAUUUGCAUUUUAUGACUUCUUUUCUUCAGGUCUGACUUAGACACACAAGACUGUGCUUC